AAUGGUUUGGACGACGAGAUUUCGAUUGGGAACGAUGGUCAACAGCAAUGCUGAUGAUGUUAGAACGAAUCCUUGGUACUUGCGACUUUAUUCGAAAGUUAUGUCUUUUUUUCGCUUUGUGGGUCCUGGUUGGUUAGUGAGUGUAGCUCUUAUGGAUCCAGGGAAUUAUGAAACUGCUUUACAGGCUGGAAGCCAAUACGGCUACAAGAUUCUUUGGGCUGUAUGGUGGUCUGUUGUCGUUACCAUCGUUUAUCAGGUGGCUUCCAUUUAUCUUGGACUAUAUUGUGAAGAAGAUCUUGCUUCUGCUUGUAGACAGCAAUAUCCUAAGUGGACAGCCAUUUUACUUUGGUUAUUCAUGGAAGCUACCAUAAUUACUACCGACAUGGUAGAAGUAACUGGAUUUGCAAUAGCUAUACAGAUAUUGUUUGGUUGGCCUUUAUAUGGUGGAGUCCUGCUUUCUUGUAUUACUACUUUACUGCUUCUUGCGUUUCGUCUUUUUGGCUUUCGAACACUAGAGAUACUUGUAUUGUUGCUUUCAUUGCUGAUGACUUUAAGUUUCUUUAUCGAAUGGGCAGAAACGGGUACAAGAACUGCAGAUUUUUUCGAAGGUUGGUUUGUUCCACGUGUACCUUCCGGUUCUGCAUUGGUUGUUCUUGCUAUCGUUGGUACAGAUGUUGUUCCGCAAAAUUUGUAUUUGCAGUCGCGACUUGUAAAGAGUCGAGAUGUCAAGGUGGAUGAUAGGAAGGAAGCUUUUAUUUCAAAUGUUAUCGAAACAGUUAUUCCAAUGUUACUUGCGUUUGUAUUGAAUGGAGCAAUUAUCUCUCUAGCUGCGAUUGAUUUCCAUGAUAAUAAUGAAAUUUCCUCUUCCCUAUUGUCGUCUGUUGGCCUGACAAACGUGUGCACUUUGAUAAAGCAAGUGUAUCAGAACAAAGAGGCUGGAUGUAUCCUAUGGGCUAUUUCCUUACUGGCAUCUGGUCAGUCUACUGCAAUGACUGCAACUUAUACAGGUCAAAUUGUGAUGGAAGGUUUCAUUCGAUUACAUAUGUCGAUUUGGUUGCGAAGCUUGCUGACACGAUGUAUUUCGCUGAUUCCUGCAAUAGUUGUUGUUUCCUUGGCAGGCGAGAAGGGAGCCAAUACAGCCAUAUUGAUUGGUGCGGCUAUUCCAUCCGCAACUUUGCCAUUUGCUGUGAUACCUUUGGUGAAGUUUGUAUCUUCUCGUCGUUUUUUGAAAGAAAGAGUUAUCCCUCGUUGGUGUCAAGUCGCUCUUGUUAUUUUGAGUUUAGUAUUAAUUGGCUUCAAUAUAUUCUUAAUAGUGGCUGCCCCCGGAAGACAUACUCUUCGUCAUCUUCUUUCGACAGGUAGUUCUUGGUCGAUCGCUGGAAUCGUUCUUACUGCUAUUAUUGGAAGCUGUUAUCUAGUUUUUCUUCUUUUUAUAACUUUCUGUCCGAUUCAGGCGGAGUAAAAUUGCUGAGCCUAGUCGAAAUAAAACAGUUUGAAUGAUU